UUAGCCCCCAUCGAAUGGUUAUAUCUCACCCACGUGGACGGCAGGAUCUAAACCCAACCCAAGUCUGUUUGGGAAUAUUACGUUUUAGGGUUAGCUAAAAUUCCUCCACCACCGCACACCAUAACCUUAUCUCUCCUGUUCUUCUGUUUGUUUAUCGUGAAAUUCGCCAGGAAUUAUCUUUCUGUUCCUUCAUCGGCUUCCCGAUCUGCUCCUACAGCGCUUACGAUCAUGGAGAUGGAACGCGCAAUCGAGUUUCCGCACACUCAUCUCGAUCGGAGGCCCCGGAAGAGGGCGCGUCUAGGCUGGGAUGUCCCUCUUAUCGCUAAGGUAUCAAUUUUUCCCCUUCUGUCGAGCUUAAGCCUUCAUGUAUUCUCUUUUUCAUUUUUGUUAGAUCUGGUGAAACGCUUCGAUUCUACGCUUUGGAUUGAGUAAUCUUCGGUUUGUAGCUCUUGUAUCGAAUUUGCUCGUUAAAAAUCUAUGCUUUUCUUGCAAUUUAGAAUACAAUUGUGGUUUUGGAUUUAGUGACUUUUUCCUCGCUCCUGCUACUGUUAGAUCUGAAAUUUUCCAGUUAGAUCUUAGACCUAUUUAGUUUCUCUUUGCCAAGAUCGAUAUUUUGACUUUUUCUUCCUCGUUAUCCUCUUUACUUAUGUCUUGCUAUUCGGGGAUUCUCAAAUCGAAUCGAGUUCUUGUGCUAUAUGUUCUGAUCUGAUUGAUUGGCUCGUUUCAGCGGCUUUUCGUGAUCAGUAUGAUAGUUAUUCGUAUUCUUAAUUGUGGAUCUAUUGUCUAAUCAAUGUGAUUUUGGGUGAGAAUUGUUCAAGGGUUAUGCACAAUAUUGGGUGAAAUAUUGUGUUUGUGAUAAUGUUGAGCGUGGAUGAAUGGGUGGCUGUGUGUAGGCUCAGGUAGGGAUAUAUUGUGGGCAAGAGAUUGGUGAUGUAGCAAGCUUUGCGUCUUCAGGAGCAAACCCAGAUUAUACCACCAAUUAUAAUUCUGUGUUUGAUAAGGAUGUUGCUCGAAAUGGCUCUCCUCCAUGGAGAGAAGAUGACAAGGAUGGACAUUACAUGUUUGCUAUUGGAGAUAAUUUAACUUCUCGCUAUAAGAUCCAUAGCAAAAUGGGUGAAGGUACUUUUGGUCAGGUCCUAGAAUGCUGGGACAGGGAAAGGAAAGAAAUGGUUGCUGUGAAAAUUGUUCGUGGUAUCAAGAAAUAUCGCGAGGCAGCUAUGAUUGAAAUUGAUGUGCUGCAGCAACUGGGUAAAAAUGAUAGGGGUGGCCACCGUUGUGUGCAAUUACGGAACUGGUUUGACUAUCGUAAUCAUAUCUGUAUUGUCUUUGAGAAGCUUGGACCAAGCUUAUACGAUUUCCUUCGCAAAAACAAUUAUCGCUCAUUUCCCAUUGAUCUUGUCCGUGAGAUUGGCAGACAACUGUUGGAUUGUGUAGCAUUUAUGCAUGACUUGCGGCUUAUUCAUACUGAUUUGAAGCCUGAAAACAUUCUCUUAGUUUCAUCAGACUAUGACAAAGUACCUGACUACAGGUCCCCAAGGGACAGUUCCUACUUCAAAAGGGUCCCCAACUCUAGUGCAAUCAAGGUCAUUGAUUUUGGUAGCACAACGUAUGACCGUCCGGAUCAGACCUACAUCGUGUCAACCAGGCAUUACCGUGCACCAGAAGUUAUCCUUGGUCUUGGUUGGAGCUAUCCAUGUGAUGUUUGGAGCAUUGGGUGUAUUCUAGUGGAGUUGUGCACAGGUGAAGCUUUAUUUCAGACUCAUGAGAAUUUGGAGCACCUUGCAAUGAUGGAGAGGGUGCUUGGUCCUUUACCCCUGCACAUGUUGAAGAGAGCAGAGUAUGUAGCAUCAUUUUCAUGGUUAUUUAGUUGCCUGACUCUAGUCUUUUGGUGCUGUUUCCUUAAUUGUUUGUGCCCGCUGCAGUCGACAUGCUGAGAAGUAUGUUAGAAGAGGAAAACUGGACUGGCCAGAAGGGGCUGCAUCUAGGGAGAGUGUUAGGGCAGUAAUGAAGCUACCUAGACUGCAGAAUUUGAUAAUGCAGCACGUCGAUCAUUCUGCUGGAGAUCUUAUCCACCUAUUGCAAGGUCUCCUUAGGUACGAUCCUUUGGAGAGGUUGACAGCUCGGGCUGCUUUGAGGCAUUCGUUUUUCACGAGGGAGCAUCCGAGGAGGUGAGAAGCUGGCCCUAGUUUAAACGAGUUCUUCUUGCCGUUUGGUGUUGGGGACUUGUAUACAGAACUUCUAUAAAGAGACUUCUAACUCAUUCUGCCUGUGAUGACCAAUGUAAAUAUGUAACCUGGAGUGCUUGUAUGAACUUGUAUACCCAAUUCAUCUGUCAAGUUGCAAAAGAUGUUGAAUUGUUCACUGCCCGUGAUAUAUGAAAGAUGCUCUCUUAUAAAAGCUGUGGUGGUUGAUGCCAUUGUUUCUCCACAGUCGCAUUCUGUGCAGUCAGUCUAAUGAAUGUAAUCAUCGACAU